AUGUCAGAAAAGGUUGAAGAGGGUCCAACCAACUUUGCACCAUCCCCAGACUUCCAAUGGCUGUGUGAUGAGCUGUUUGUCAAAUUUGAUCUGGUUGCUACGCAGGACAGAAGGAUAAAUUUGAAGCCAAUUACUGUACGCUACUACGAAGUCGUCAGCAAUUUUGUUCAGUUGUGGAGAAAGACGGUUGGAAACAACUUCUACCCAGUUUUGAUAUUAGCAUUGCCAUACCGGGAUCGUCGUACCUACAAUAUCAAGGAUGUCACACUGAUCAAGGCUAUAUGUUUAUAUUUGGAUUUACCAAAAAGGUCCUCCACAGAGAAAAAGCUGCUAAACUGGAAGCAGAGGGCCUCUAGAAAUGAGCGCUUAUCAUCAUUUUGUGUUGCAGAGAUUCGGAAAAGGAAAAGUGGGCCUGAUCCAAGCAAGAGACAGGCAAUUACCCUAGAUAAACUAAAUUCGAUACUGGAUGACUUGGCAAACGGGAAAAGCUCCAGGGGACAAGGAUCACGUACUCUAGCUGACUCUUCCCAUUUUAAGUUUUGUUUAGAAAACAUGUCUUUCAUUGAGCUCAAGUACUUCUUUGAUAUCCUUCUAAAGGUUAGAAUUAUUGGUGGUCAUGAACACAAGUUGCUGAAUGCAUGGCAUCCCGACGCAGUUGACUAUUUCAGUGUGGUGUCUGAUCUCAGCUCUGUAACCAAAAAGCUGUAUGAACCGUCAGUGAGACUUAGGAAUGAAGAUCUCACCCUCAAAAUCGGCAGUGCAUUUGCUCCUCACUUAGCUAAGAGGCUGAACAUCUCCUACGAAAAGAUACUGAAGAAGUUAGGUUCAGAUUUUUCCAUAGAGGAGAAAAUGGAUGGCGAAAGGAUACAAAUACAUUAUAUGGAUUACGGCAAUGAGAUAAAAUUUCUGAGCAGAAGGGGCACAGACUACACGUAUCUCUAUGGAGGAGAUACCUCCACAGGAACUAUUGCCUGUUAUUUAAAAUUGAACGAAAACGUCAAAGAGUGUAUACUAGAUGGGGAAAUGGUGACCUAUGAUCAAGAGAAGCAAAUGAUUCUCCCUUUUGGACUUGUUAAAAGUAGUGCCAAAAAUUUUCUGUCUAAAGAGAGCAUUUCGAAUGGCUCAUACCACCCUUUGUUCAUGGCCUUUGAUUUGGUUUACCUAAACGGGACAUCCUUGGUCGAUUUACCGUUGUAUCAACGGAAGGAUUACCUGUCCAAAAUACUCACAAAAUGCAAUGGUUUUGUUGAUAUAGUAUCGUUUGCAAGAUGCAACAACCUCGAGAGCAUAACCAAAUCCCUAGCUGCUGCCAUUUCUGUGGGGUCGGAAGGGAUUAUUCUGAAAAAGCUCAACUCCAGGUAUAUGGUAGCUAGUCGAAAUGACAGCUGGAUCAAGAUCAAACCGCAAUAUCUUAAACAAUUCGGAGAAAAUAUGGAUUUGAUAAUAAUCGGGAGAGAUCCCGGUAAGAAGGAUGCAUUCAUGUGCGCGCUAGGAGUCACUAUAGACGAUCCGCAGCCGAGGGUAUUACAACAAGAAGAGAAUGUCAAUCUAGAUUUAGACACUGAAGACUCGGAACCCGAAACCCCCAAAGCAUCCCGGAUUGUGAAAUUUGUGUCAUUUUGCACUAUCGCUAACGGUAUAUCAAAUGCCGAGUUUAAAGAAAUCGACCAAAAAACACGAGGUUUAUGGCGAAGGUUUGAUCAAGUAAAACCUCCUUCAGAAUAUCUUCAGUUUGGAACCAAAAAACCAGUCGAGUGGAUAGACCCCAAAGAGUCAUUAGUAUUGGAAGUCAAAUCAAGAUCUUUGGAUAAUACCGAAUCUAACGUAAAAAAAUACAGAGCCGGAGUAACGCUGUUUGGGGGCUACUGUAGAGCAGUACGUUACGACAAGGACUGGACCACAUGUUAUACAGUUUCUGAAUUUGAAAGAGAUCGGCAGUACAAACUACCGAAAGUAAAUGCAGGCGAAAGCAUCACCACCUCGAACAAAGGCAGAAAGAAAAGAAACACAACUUCUAUUCUUGGAGUAAUUUCACCGAGAAAAAAGAGAACACCGGAGGGUGAACAUUCAGAUAUAUUUCAAAACCUCCACUUUUGCGUUCUAUCGGAUUAUCUGGAUCCGUAUACCGGUAACCGAAUAGACAGAAACACACUUACACAACUUAUAAUUGAUUAUGGUGGAAAGGUGAUAUAUAAUGUCUUGGCGAAGGAGGGCGAAGAGGGGAUGUUGCGGAUUAUAUGUGAUGGUUUCAAUAUGGAAUGUAACGCUUUGAUCAAGAGAGGAUAUGAUAUAUUAAGCCCCAGUUGGGUGCUGGACUGCAUUGAAAGUGCAAGACUACUCAAACUAGAGCGAAACCAUUGCUUCAACGUUUCCAAAGAACUAAUGGAACUAAGUUCCACUCGGGUUGAUGAAUAUGAUGAUAGUUUCGAGAACGAAAUUAGCACCACUAGGCUAGACAGGUUGAUAGAUGUUCAUCUCCAUAAUAUGCCGUCAGGGUCCUUUUCCGGCGAAAACUUGGAUUUCGAAUUGAGAGGACUACCACCUCUUUUAUUUUUUGAUCGCUCGGUAUUUAUUGCUGAGACGAAGCUGUCGGACAGAAUAUACGCUAAGAUAUCAUCAGAGACUAAAUUGUUUGGAGGACAAGUGACCCACACUAUAGAGGAUUGUAACUUAAUAAUCAUACCCAACACUGAUGACGAGGACAAAAUACAAGUAUUGCAGAAAAUUCGUGGCAAACUGGCCAGUAUGAUACAGAAGUUGAAUUCAACAGAGCGUAUUCCCCCCAUUGUGUCUGAGGAAUGGCUCUAUCAGUCGAUAAAAGAAAAUAUUCAAGUCCCAGAGGAAAAUUAUUCGGUGCUCUCUUAA